UGAAGGUGUCUUUCUAUCAAAGUCCGCAAUAAGCGGCAAACAAGUCACAGUAUCCACCCUCGCAAAUUUUAUUUUUUCUUUAGCCCUGCUUCUCUCUCUUUUUUUUCCUCUUUAUACAGCAUGUCUAUGUUACAACGUAUCACACGCUCUGUCAACUGGAACUUGAACGUUCGCUCCUUCAGCACUUCAAGAGCCGCUUUAUCAACAGAAGCAACACCUGCCAAACCUACCGGCUUGUACCAAUUUUUCGAAAAUAAUGAAGCUUUACCGAAACAAAACUGGACAGGUCGCGCUUGGAAGGCACAAGAACUUCGUCAAAAAUCAUUUGAAGAUCUUCACAAAUUAUGGUAUGUCUUGUUAAAGGAGCGUAAUGUUCUUGCAACCCAAAGAGAAGAAGCCAAGCGAUUGAAAUUACCAAAGCAAAUCUGGACAAAUCAAGGUCGUUUACAAAAGUGUAAAAAAUCAAUGGCUAGAAUCAAGUUUGUGUUGAAUGAAAGACAAAUAGAAUAUGAACAACAAUUCAUCAACAAGCAAUCUUCGUAAAUACUGUAUUGAUAUUCAUCAUAAUAAUAAAAAAAGCAUGGGCAUUUCUCAUUAGUAGAUAACAACAACACCAACAACUGUUCUGCAUGAAUCAACAAGAUAAUUCUAUAUUUUGUCUAGACGUGACUCUACAAUUAUCACUUGUUAAUUCAAGAUCCGAGAUGAGUGAUGUUUAAGCCUAUCGUUGGUCCAAAAUUUAGUCUUUUUUUUUUUAUUUCUUUCGUGUU